UGGGUUAUGCAUUGUGCUCAGUCUGCUAUCAGUACUGCAUCCACAGAGCAGGAGGAGAGGGCCACACAUGAACCCUGAGCUCUAACAGUGCACGGAGAGCGCUUUUGGGGAAAAAUCGGCGAUCGUUUCUGCAGCGUUUCCUGGACGCUCGUGCCGCUCUUUUGUUUCCAGCAGUCGCCGGGCUGCAGGAGGAAAACCCGGGGAGUGAUCGUCUCCUUGAAGCCCGAUCGCUCGGUGGCGGAAGGGACGUGAUAUGAACCCCUCAUCGGCUUAAACAGCAGUGCAGCUAAAUAGCCCCGUUUUCAGGGGGAGGGGGGACUUAACUGAGGGAUCAAAAGAGGACAUUAAUACCUUUUUAACCUGCAGCAGAAGGCCGAGAAAUAGCCACGGAACCUGUAGCGAUGCCCGGGUUUGAUUACAAGUUUCUGGAAAAGCCAAAGAGACGGUUCCAGUGUCCGCUCUGCAGCAAGGCGAUGCGGGAGCCGGUCCAAGUGUCUACCUGUGGACAUCGGUUCUGUGACACCUGUCUCCAAGAAUUUCUAAGUGAGGGCGUCUUCAAGUGUCCGGAGGACCAGCUCCCGUUGGACUAUGCCAAGAUCUACCCUGACCCAGAGCUGGAGCAGCAGAUCCUGGAUCUGCCCAUCCGCUGCAUCCACAGCGAGGAGGGCUGCCGCUGGACCGGCCAGAUGAAGCAGCUGCAGGCCCACUUCUCCACCUGCGCCUUCAACGUGAUACCCUGCCCCAACCGCUGCUCAGUCAAGCUGACGCGCCGCGACUUGCCCGAACACCUGCAGCACGACUGCCCCAAGCGCAAGGUCAAGUGCGAGUUUUGUGGCAGCGAGUUCACCGGUGAAGCCUACGAGAACCACCAGGGCGUGUGUCCUCAGGAGAGCGUUUACUGUGAGAACAAGUGUGGGGCGAGGAUGAUGCGUCGCCUGCUGACCCAGCACGGCCAGGCCGAGUGUCCCAAACGCACACAGCCCUGCAAGUACUGCAGCAAGGAGUUUGUCUUUGACACAAUCCAGAACCACCAGUUCCACUGCCCUCGGUUUCCUGUCCAGUGCCCAAACCAGUGCGGCACACCAAACAUCGCCCGAGAGGAUCUGGCUAACCAUGUGAAGGACAACUGCGGCAGCGCGCUCGUUCUCUGCCCUUUCAAAGAAGCAGGCUGCAAACACAGGUGCCCCAAACUGGCUAUCGGUCGCCACCUGGAAGACACCACUAAGUCUCACCUGACUAUGAUGUGCAACCUGGUGGGGCGUCAGCGGCAGGAGAUCCUGGAGCUGCGGAGGGAGAUGGAGGAGCUGUCCGUCAGUCACGACGGCGUUCUUAUCUGGAAGCUCAGCGACUACUCCCGCAAACUCCAGGAGGCCAAAAUCAGGAGCAACCACGAGUUCUUCAGCCCGCCCUUCUACACUCACCGCUACGGCUACAAGCUGCAGGUGUCCGCCUUCUUGAACGGCAAUGGCAGCGGUGAGGGCUCCCACCUCUCCGUCUAUAUCCGCGUUUUACCUGGAGAGUACGACAGCCUGCUGGAGUGGCCCUUCUCCUACAAGGUGACUUUCUCCAUUAUGGACCAGAGCGACCCGUCACUUUCCAAACCCCAGCACAUCACGGAGACCUUCAACCCCGACCCCAACUGGAAGAACUUCCAGAAGCCCAGCAGCACCCGCAACUCGCUGGACGAGAGCACCCUGGGCUUCGGCUACCCCAAGUUCAUCUCUCACGAGGAGAUAAAGAAGAGGAAUUACGUCCGAGACAACUCCGUCUUCAUCAAGGCUUCAAUAGAGAUUCCCCAGAAGAUAAUGGCUUAAGAUCCUACCUUUGUUUUCUUUUUAUAAAGGAGAAAGAUGGGUAAAGACUGGAACUGAGACACUUAACUUUGAAAACUUCUACAUACUUACCCUUUAGAUACUUUCGACCCUUACAGCCUCUCCACUACAGAGCUUGAAUGGAGUCUGUUAGGCUGGCUGAGCUGACUCGGAGGACUUUGAUGUAUCACAGAGGAGAAAGUGGUCGGCAGAACCAUCACUCUCUGCUGUUCCUUUUUUAUUACGUUUUUUUUAUCUGUUUGCUGACCUUUUAUCACAGUCUACAACAAAAAGCCUUGGAAAUCAAACAGUGCCUAGAGAGUUUAUCUUAAGUUAUAUUUUUGUUGUUAUUUCUGCAGUAGCCUACAUAUGUUAAAGAUUAUGGAAAAGAUAUUGAAAAAAGGUUGUGAAGGGCUUCUGUAGAGAGAAAGUUAGAAGCAGGUGAGAGAUGUUCCGUUCGGAUGGUCUGAAGAAGCUGGAGCUCAGCAGACUCAAGCUCGAGCCCAACUGCCUUUUGUUUACAUGCUCAUACAGUAUACUCCCACUGAUCCCUGAACAAACACACAGCCCUUGCUUAGAGACUGCUCGUUUGUGUACACAAAUACAUUGAAUUGAUUAGAUUCAACCUUGGUCAUUUUUAGUGUUUUAAAAGGAAUAGUAUUAUCUUUUGGUUUAGUUGAAUGAGAAGAUCAAUACCACUUUACGACCAGUAGCCUGUUAGCUUGGCCUAGUAUAAAGACUGGAAAUAGCAAGGCUGGCUUUUUCCUAAGGUAAAAUAAUAAUACAUACAAAAGUAUUUACAUGCAGAGCCAGGCCAUCUGUUUCUAGAUGUUAUGCUAGGCUAAGCUAACUCGCUGAAAGAUAUGUGGUAACAAUUUUCAUAUAAGCGAAUAAAUGUAGCAUAUUUCCCAAAAUGUCAAACUAACUCAAAUUAAACAUGCCUCUGCUGAUGCUGAGAAAAUCCUAAAACUGUCUGGCUUUUUAAACUGCAUACACCAAAAUGCAACUGUCAAGCUCAACUGAGGCUGUUUAGGUUGACAAGCUACAGAUCUGUUUCUUCUAGUUACCUGCUCCCUCACAAGAACUGUCUGUGUUUGUCCGUAGUUCUACCCAGUCGUAAAUAGCAGCAGGAGCGUGCAGAUGUACCAAACACACACACUUGAUAGUGACCCUAUGAUGCUUCGUAUUUGUUUAAAAGUCCACCAAUAGGGGAAAAAAGCACCUUUCGAUGGUCGUUGGAUGAGCAGAGCAGACAAAGAGGCCAGUUGUCCAAGUACACGCGCAUUUAAUAGUGAAGGAAAAGCCAUGUGGCCUUUUUAUACAGUAUGUCUUCGCAUGAGGGUUUUAAGGUGUGCAGGGCGACAUAAACACAUGCAUGCUACCACCUAGACCACAUUUUUGUACUGUAACCUGUAUUCUUGAAUCCUCUCCCAUUGAUGGCUAAUAUGUCUCUUUUUUUGGACUGUUUGAAAGUUGACAAAAUGUCAAAAAAGUUUUGUUUUUUAUAUAUACAGAAAAUGUGAACGCUGUCGGUAAUAUAACCUAUAAAGACAAUGAACACUCGUCUGUGAAGUGAACUGUUUUACAAGCCCGCACAUGGGUGGUGUACUUUUGGAAAAGAUAGUAACGGUUUUCUGCAAAUAUGUGGGUGUCUCGGGACUGACUACACCUUUUGUUGUUACCAUGGUCCCCUGUGUGUAUCUUCAGCUCAACACACAAUGUUGCAAUGGAAAGCAUUUGGAGGGAUGUGUGCUACACCCGUCUCCGUCACAGCACCAUCAGACAGGUGGAGGACUGAUGAUAUAGUACACUACAGUCGUAUGUGAAUACUGAUGUAAAAAUGCAGAAGCACAUUCUGUCAUUUUAUUAUUAUACAUGGAACAAUUCCUUAUUUCUUGUCAUAAUACCAGCUGAUAUUUUACAGUGAUUUAAAGUGAGAAGAUACAACUUUUUUGUAAGAUUCUGUAUUUUAAAAAAUACUUGGCUGUUUUAUACAAACGCUUUUCGUUGGAGAGUCGGGGUCGACUUUGGGAAUUUUCAUACCCUUUUGUCUCUUUGGACAUAUGGAUGAUUUGUUUGUACUUGUGGUUUGAGCCUCACAUAUUCUGUCUGUAUUAUUUCCUCUUAAAAGUAUUUAUUUUAAAGAGCCUUCAUGUGAGUUUUCACAGAUGGCACAAAUUCUUUAAUAUGUUGAUUGAUGAGUGCUUGUCAAUUUCUUAAAUGAAAUAAAAUACCAUAUAUUAUA